CCCAUCUCGUGAGACGGGGUCACCCACGGGACAUUCGGCGCUGCCGAGCUGCUUCUCGCCAUGGGCGAGGCGCCUCACGCGAGCGACAACGUGAGCGACGUCAGUGUCAAGCUGUUGCCGGGACAGAAGGUGGCUGUGAAGGUGCUCCAUCCGUCCGGCGAGGUUGCGCUGGACGCAGAGCUUGCGGCGAGUUCCACGAUUUGGCAGCUGCAGAACCAUUUGUCCAAGGAGUCACCCAACCAGCUGGCCUUCCUACAGGGUGAGCAGGUCCUAGCGCGCCACAAGAAGCUGCAGGACUUGGGUGUGGAGCCUUUGUGUGUGGUGCGGAAAGCGCGGAAGCUGGUGAGUCCUUGGGCACCUCCGCAGGAGAUGUCCAACAUCAUGAAGCUCCAGAAAUGCAUCAUCCUUGGGGAAGCCUUCGCAGGAAAGACCCAGUUCCUGCGGGCCAUAUGUGGCGACAGCUUCUCCAAGGAUCCCUCCGCCAGCUGCGGAUUGGACUUCCGGGUGCUGCACGUGGAGCACGAGGACCGGAAGGUGAAGCUGAAGAUUUGGAGCGCUCGCGGCAUGGAGGCCCUGCCUGCUUGCUUCCGCACCACCUUCUUCGAGAGCGCGGAGGGCUACUUCGCGGUCUUCAGCCUCGCGAAGCGAGACACCUUUGAGAAGCUGCGGGAUUUGGUGAGCCACUUCAACCAGGAGGUUCCGGACGAGCUCGCGCAGCAUUGCAGGUGCCUGGUGGGCACCCACAAGGACCUCGCCCGGGAGGUGCGCGAAGAGGAGGUCUUGCAGCUCGCGGAGGAGAUGCAGUGCCCAUACCACGAGGUGUGCAACAAGAGCCGGGAGGGCGUGGACGAUGCUUGGAUCACGUGGUUGGACCAAUACUUCACCAUGUAUGAGGACGUGGGGGCUGAAACAGAUGAGCCCGCAUAUCCGGCGGAGGAGUCGAGCUGAAUCCCGCUGUGGAUCUCCAUCCUGUUGAAAUCAGCGGGUGCAGAGGUGCUGUCGGCCUAAACGCCUACCCUCCCAAACGCAAAGAUGCAA